GAUUGACUCCCCUCUGUUAGAACGUGGACAUUCUGAAGGACCCAGAGACGGUGAAGCAGCUAGGCAGCAUCCUGAAGACCAACGUCCGGGCCUGUAAGGCCGUGGGACACCCCUUCGUUAUCCAGUUAGGACGCAUUUAUCUGGACAUGCUCAACGUCUACAAGUGCCUCAGCGAAAACAUCUCCGCAGCCAUCCAGACCAACGGAGAGAUGGUGACGAAACAGCCCUUGAUCAGAAGUAUGAGGACGGUGAAAAGAGAGACGCUCAAACUCAUCUCGGGCUGGGUUAGCAGAUCCAGCGAUCCACAGAUGGUGGGGGAGAACUUUGUUCCGCCGCUGCUCGACGCCGUUCUCAUCGACUACCAGCGCAACGUCCCCGCCGCCCGGGAGCCCGAGGUCCUCAGCACCAUGGCAACCAUCGUCAACAAGCUGGGCGGACACAUCACCGGGGAGAUCCCGCAGAUCUUCGAUGCCGUGUUCGAAUGCACGCUCAACAUGAUCAAUAAAGCCCAGAUGAUGAGUCCAGCACCAGUUUGA